AUGGAUUCUUUGCGUGAACAAGUAAUGAUAAAUCAAUUUGUACUAGCGGCUGGAUGUGCACGAGAACAAGCUAAACAAUUACUACAGGCUGCACAUUGGCAAUUUGAGACUGCACUGUCAAUAUUCUUUCAAGAAGUUGCCAUCCCAUCUGGGGCAAAUGGUAUAGCUGCACAACACUAUCAUCAGCAACUCAUGACACCAUGCAAUACUCCAGCAACACCGCCAAACUUCCCUGAUGCUCUAGCUGCUUUCUCCCGGUUAUCAACGACGGGCAGUCCGAACAAUACUAGUGGGGGAGUCAGUGGGAUGGCUCCUCCCGUCUCCCCCCUCGCGACCCAUCCACCGCCACAGAUGCAAAUGAAUACAUUUGCUACGACUCCAAACCCACAGUCAAACUAUACACCACUUUCCUGCUCAACUGCGAUCUGCAGAGAACAUAUGCCAAGA